AAUAUUAAUCUUCCAGUAAUCUGAAAGGUCAAUAAAAUAUGAUUAACAUAUGAUAAUAAUUACAAUAUUUCAAAUCACAAAUCCAAAUUUCUUGUACAACUUUCAUUGAUUCAUUGCAGUUGGUAAACAAAACCAGUUUAAAACUUUGAUCAAUAAGAUUUUAGAAUUGAUAAAAUAGAAAAAAAGAUAUUUCAAAGAACAUCUACAAAAAAGAAACUCAAAAGUUAUAAAUGAUAGCGAUAGAAAACAUAAUGAAGACAAACAGGAAAAUUUUGGAAAAUGAAAACAAAUUCCACAACACAUCAGCAUCAGACUUUGCUUUGAGAGUGAAUGAAAAAUGCCAAAACAUAAAUAAUGAAAAUAAUGAUAAGAGAAAAACAAAGAAGUUGAAAAGUAGAGGAAUUGUUAAAAUGCAUUCAACAAUAAGUGAAGGAGGAGAGAUGAAACAUAAAUUUGAUAUGUUGGAAUGUGAAAUCUGUAAAACGCCAAAAAAUGAAUUAAGGAAACAAAAAGAACAGAAUAAUGUUAAAGGAGAAUUAAAAUUGAGUGGGAAUGAAAUAUUGCAAGAUAAAAUGGUGUUUGAAGAAAGCAAUGGAGAAAACUGUAAAAACUUUAAAGAGGGAGCAAAAGAAGGAAAUGUAAAUUACAAUGAGGGCAAUUCUAAGGAAGUUCCACAUUUAGGUGACAAAUUAGAAGUUGAAUCGAGUAACGAAGUAAAAGAAGGUAUAAUUGAAGAAAUUGAUAAAAUACUAGAGAAGACAAGAGAAUUGAUUUCAAGAAAGAAUAAAAGUAUCUCAGAAGAAAAUGGAGAUAAUAAUGAUGAAUUUAGCGAGUUUCAAAGAAUGAUUUGCGAAAAACCUGAAUUCAACUUUGCAAUAGUUGACGAGGUAGAGAAUUUGGAGAAAAUAGAGGAAUUAAAUAAAAGUCUGGAUGACCUCACAGUUACAGAUGAGGAGAAUUCUUCUGAGGUGACUGAUUUGAAUAAAAACAAGAAUGAAAUUAUUUUUGAAAAUAAUGUACUUCCACCGGCAUUAAGAAAUACACAGUAUGAAAGGCUGGUAAAAGUUAUGGUAAGGUCGAGAUCAUGGUUGGAAUCUAGGCCUCUUUUGAAAUCAAUUUUUCAACUGAAAAACGGAACAGAUUCAAGAAAUAUUGAUACUAUAAACUCUGAAAAUUUGGAGGAGAAUUCAAAUAUAAAACAAGAGAAUAAAGAAAAGUUAGAAGAAGAAGUGAACAAUAUUUUUGCCAAAGGAAAACAAAACAGACUCGGCAAUGCUUUGUUUGUAGGGAGUAAAUCAUUAUUUGAGAUGAAAUAUUAGUGAUAUGUUUGGAACAGAAGGGGAACUUUAUUAUACUCUGAUAACUUGA